CCUCUCCCCUUCACUUCACUCUAUGCAUGGACUGCAUGAUGUAAUCAUCCUGGCCUGGAGGCAGGAAGGGACAAAAUGCACAACGGACUGCAGGGUGGGAGAUGCAACAAUGGCCUUGAGAACAGCAGGAAGUGUGUUGGUGGUCUUUCUCUGGUCUGUAGCAGUGGUACUGGGUCAGUAUGGCUGGAGUGUGACUUACACCACUCAGAGUAUCUGUACCUUGAAGGGGUCAACAGUGGAGCUGUCCUGCUCUAUCAGAUAUCCCAGUGGUACGGUCACAUCAACCGUCUGGUUCACUAAAUGGGGGACUGGUGUAGAACCUGAAGAUCUAGGUCAGGACCCAGAGUAUGCAGGUCGUCUGGAGUAUCAUGGGGAUAAGAAGAAUGGUCACAACCUGAGAAUCACAGACCUGAGAGAGAAAGACUCAGCUACGUACAAGUUCAGAUUUAUAACAGAUCAGACUGGAGGGAAAUAUACUGGUGAUCCUGGAGUCUCUCUGUCUGUCACAGCUCUGCAGGUGAUGGUGACUCCACCACGGUGGGCAACGUCAAAGACACUGACCUGUAUCACCACCUGUACUCUGACUGGUAACCCCACCUACAUCUGGUACAAGAACGGACAACAUCUAGAUGAGAGCACCUCCCCCCAGUACAAAGACCUUGUCUCCAGUAACUAUGACGACAGUUACUCCUGUGCUGUAAAAGGCCAUGAGGAUCUCCACUCUCCUGCAGUGUGUGUUCAGGGUCAGAGCUGCAGCAGAGUAACUUACACCAAGAGGAGAAUCUGUGUCUUGAAGGGGUCAACAGUGGACAUAUCCUGUACUUAUUACAGUUAUUAUUACACCACAUCAACAUUCUGGUUUAGAAGUGAUAAGUCGACCCCUGAAGACCUAACCACAGACCCAGGGUAUACAGGUCGUGUGAAGUACACUGGAACAUACAGAUGUCCCUUCACCCUGAGAAUCACAGAUCUGAGAGAGGAGGACUCAGCUGAGUAUCGCUUCACUUUUAAAACAGACAACUUUGAAUGGGGUCAUAGUUUCCCAGGAACAACUCUGUCUGUCACAGGUCUGCAGGUGAAGGUGACUCCUGCUGCAGAGGGACAGAAGACACUGACCUGUAUCACCACCUGUACUCUGACUGACAACCCCACCUACAUCUGGUACAAGAACGGACAACGUCUAGAUGAGCCCACUUCCCAACAAUACUCUAGUAAUAUGCUGGUGGUCUGGGAUUCUUCUGUGAACAUUUACUCCUGUGCUGUUGAAGGUCACGAGGGUCUCCACUCUCCUGAAGUUUGUUUUCAGGUGAAGGUGACUCCUCAACAGUUUUCAGUGUAUAAGACACUGACCUGUAGCACCACCUGUACUCUGACUGGUAACCCCACCUACAUCUGGUACAAGAACGGACAACAUCUAGAUGAGAGCACCUCCCCCCAAUACAAAUACUCAGUCUUCAGUAACUAUGACGACAGUUACUCCUGUGCUGUAAAAGGCCAUGAGGAUCUCCACUCUCCUGCAGUGUGUGUUCAGGGUCAGAGCUGCAGCAGAGUAACUUACACCAAGAGGAGAAUCUGUGUCUUGAAGGGGUCAACAGUGGACAUAUCCUGUACUUAUGGUGGUUAUUAUUCCACCACAUCAACAUUCUGGUUUAGAAGUGAUAAGUCGACCCCUGAAGACCUAACCACAGACCCAGGGUAUACAGGUCGUGUGAAGUACACUGGAACAUACAGAGGUCCCUUCAUCCUGAGAAUCACAGAUCUGAGAGAGGAGGACUCAGCUGAGUAUCGCUUCACUUCUAAAACAAAGAAAUGGGGUCAUAGUUUCCCAGGAACAACUCUGUCUGUCACAGGUCUGCAGGUGAAGGUGACUCCUGCUGCAGAGGGACAGAAGACACUGACCUGUAUCACUACCUGUACUCUGACUGACAACCCCACCUACAUCUGGUACAGGAAUGGACAGAAUGUACAAGAUACCUCCUCUCCCAUGUACUCCAUCAGCAGUGAGGAUGCAGACAGCUACUACUGUGCUGUAAAAGGCCACGAUGGUCUCAGCUCUCCUGCAGUGUAUAAACCAAAGACCACAGUGUCAGUCAGUCCCUCUGGUGAAAUAGUGGAGGACAGUUCAGUGACUCUGACCUGCAGCAGUGAUGCCAACCCACCUGUGGACAAAUACACCUGGUACAAGAAGAAUGGAGGUGGCUAUCAGAGUAUGACAGGACCACAGCAUGUCUUCAAUCAAAUCCAGUCAUCUGACAGUGGAGAGUACUACUGUGAGGCCCAGAAUGAGAUGGGGACAGACAGGUCUAGGACCAUAAACAUGGAUGUGAAGUACGGCCCAAAGAGCACCUCAGUGUCAGUCAGUCCCUCUGGUGGAAUAGUGGAGGACAGUUCAGUGACUCUGACCUGCAGCAGUGAUGCCAACCCACCUGUGGACAAAUACACCUGGUACAAGAAGAAUGGAUCUUCACUGACGGGAUCUGAAAAGACAUACAAUUUCACCACCAUCAGCUCUGAGGACAGUGGAGAAUACUACUGUGAGGCUGAGAAUAAAUAUGGACGUCUCAACUCUUCUUCUGUGUCUGUGGACGUUCAGUAUGGUCCAAAGAACACCUCAGUGUCAGUCAGUCCCUCUGGUGAAAUAGUGGAGGGCAGUUCAGUGACUCUGACCUGCAGCAGUGAUGCCAACCCACCUGUGGACAAAUACACCUGGUACUUUCAAAAUAAGACUUUUCUAAAUGGAUUUGGACAGAUGUACAACAUAAGUAAGUUCAAGUCUAAGGACAAUGGACAUUACCACUGUGAGGCCUGGAAUGGAAGAGGAUCUAGGAACUCUACAGCUCUGAUGAUCAUUUUACCAGAGAAACAGACCUCAGUUCUGACUGCAGCUGUAGGAAUCAUAGUGGUUGUUCUGGUUCUCAUCCUCUGUCUCUCUGGCUUCAUGUGGUUCAGGAAGAAGGCCUCCAUAUCCACCUCUGACACAAGAGACAUAUCAGAGAAUGUACAGGGAGACUCUAGUCCCGUGUAUGAAAACGUCUCAAGCAUGGCCAUGGCCCCUACUGCAGCAAAGACAGCAGCCACCGUCAUCCAGGAUGAUGUUCACUAUGCCAGCGUCCACUUCUCUCGCUUCAAAAACCAGGAAGUGCCUCUGUACUCCACCGUCCAGCUGCCUCAACCCCAGAAACAGGACGAGGAUGUCCAGUACGAUGCUGUGAAAUUCAACCUCCCCAGUGCUGCCAACCGACCCACGGUGGCACAAGCAGCUGAGGAGGACUCCUCUAUUCUCUACAGUACAGUCAACAAACCCAGAACCAAGAAGACCUGAAUACAACAAACCCAGAACCAAGAAGACCUGAACGCAACAAACCCAGAAC